AUGGCUGUCUCCGGCUUCUGGACGCGCCUCGUGGAGGAGGAGGCGGCGGCUGCAGCGUCCGGGUGGGCGGUCGGGGGAGGCGUGCCUGGGGGCGGCGCGGGCAUGCAGCCGCUGACCAAGCUGCGGCGUUCGGCGGGCGCCGCCUCUGGGGCUGAAGACGACGCCGUACGGCAGCAGCAGCCAGUGCGGGAUUUGGCGGCCGUGAGCUGCGCCCCGUGCGAGUCGCCGGACGAGCCCUCAUCGCGACGACAUAGACUGGCGAUACCGCCCAGGACGUCCAGGAGGCAGCCGUCGCCCCCUUGCUCUGAAAGGACUGCCAGGGACAGACUCUCAGAGGCUGAAAAUCCACGGGGGAACCAGCCAGGCAGCUCCAAGCAGCAGAAGAAUAAAGGUGCGAAGACUUCUGGCAUGCAGAGAGUUUCAGCUGCUGCUACUGGUAGAAGCGUCGCCUCAGCGUCCAGUGCUGUACAUCAGGAUCCUCAGAGUUCCUUGUCUGUGGCUGCAGAUACCACACUUGUGACAAACUCAGAAGUGUGGAGCCAACACAACAACAAGCCCACAGAGAUGCUCGGAUGUGAAUAUACAGACAUGCCAGCAUCCAUUUCUAAUGAAGAGGGGUCAUUACAGAGGUUGAGAGGUUCCCCAUACAUCAGAAGGAAACCAGUCGGAGGCAUCAGUAAUCAACAAACAAGAAGUUAUGAGUACUUGGUGCCUGGGCUUAAUAGGUGGCAUGAAACUGACGGCGAACCACUUUCUUACAUCAACCAAAAGGUGAAUCAUUUCCCAUAUGGGACCUUGCGGAGAGAUGAAAGUGAAACAACAGUCAGUGCCCCUGAUGUGAACAUACCUGUAUCUUCUGGAAGGUACGAGCAGUGGAAUAUGAUAGGAUUGACUGGCAAAGGUUCAUCAUAUGAGCCAAGGCCUCCAGUCGUAGUUCAUAAACCAACUACUGGUGGCAGUAGAGAUGGCCUAUCGUAUGUGUGUCACAACGAAUUUUGGAAGAAUGCUUUCCCUGGCGUUGCCAUGAAGCUUGUUGCAAGUGCACCAGAUGUCAGCUUGAAAGAGCCAGUCAGAGCACCAGCAUGGAACACCCUGCAAUCUCUAGCCACAAUUGGCAAUGCUCCAGAGAAGACAGCCAGUUCCCCUGAUGUGCACAGACCUACACCGGUAGCGAACGGAUGGAUCACUUCCUCACCUAGAGGUUAUCCUCCGAGGAUGUUGGGCAGUGCACCAGACAUAAACCUGGCUAGAGUGCACAGUACUGGAAAGAAACUGAAUGAGUCUGCAGCUGGUUCAAACCAGAAUGUUGGAUACAUGGAACCAGGUACGGCAAUCUGUAGAGGCCGUGAGAAAAACUUGCAGCUAAUGCAGAAGCAAGAGUUCCCACUGGAUGUGCUUCACCAGAAGUGUGGGAACAGCGCGCCCGAUGUACGUAUUCCUACUGCAUCUCCCUGGGUGGAGAGCGGUGAGAGCUGUGAAGUGAUGGGAUUGCCGGUGCCACACAUUAGCGAGUGGGGGAAAUGCGAGCAACAGGACGCGGCGUCCUGCUUGGGGAUGCCGCCGCCAGUGGCGCUGCGGUCGGCUGACGCGCGCGCAGCCACGCUGCCUGGCGGCCGCGCAGAGAAGCUCGAGGCCACGCCCCCCGCCGGCACGCGGACCCUCUCCAGGGGCCGGCGCAGCGGCGCUGGGACGACGGUCUUCCAGUUCCAGCAGCAACAGGGGGCUGCGCACCCCGGCGCCGCCCGGGCCAUGCUCACCGGCUCCAGGGACGGCUGGAGCGCGCUCGCGCCCGGAGAAGCCUCGGACGAGGGGUGUUGCUCGCUGUCGCCGCGCGUCGCGACGCCGGGGGCCGCGGACGCCGAGGAGCCGCCCCCCGCCCAGCCCGCCCCCGGGGGCGGAUGGUCGUGGCCGCAGGCGCAGCCGGCGCCGGUCCCCGGUUCGGUGCCCGAGCGCACCGCACGUUGCCUGAGCUGCGCAGACUCGGCGCUGGGUCUGGACGAGGAGACCACUGCUAUUGACCUUUCGGCACCAGUGGAAGCACGCACUCAUCCACCACUUGCCCUCCAGCACAUCCCAAACCAGACACCUGCCAGACACCAUCAGCAGACGGCACUGCGCGACCUGGAAUUCGACAAGAAGGAAGCGAGGCAUCACUGGAAUGAGGACACCGAAGUUCCCAUUUCACCUCCCCCUGACGACGGGCGUUACGACAGUGGACUUGGCCCCGAAGAUGUCUCACCAGCUUGUUACAACCGCCAGCACUCUCUGUCAUCGUGGCCUGCUACCGUAGACAGCUUCAAGAAACCGACUGUCGCUAGACUGGACAGCGGUGUCAGCAUCGAAGAGGGGCAGGAACGCGACGUCUUGAAAGUGACGCGAGGUGUCGGGUUGCUGAGGCUCAGAGGGCUGACAGAGGUUAGUGAUGGCAGUGGCCUACAGACGAAAGACUGGUUUGGUGAAGAGAAAAGUCUCGUAUUAUCUGAAGAUCAGAAAACGGCUCAAGAUGAACGUGUGGCGAUUCGUGCCAAUAUUCACGAGCACGUCACUGGUGACGAAAGACGACAGUGGUAUUCUCUUUCGAGAGUCAGCGAGCAGAAUGAGACAGAAAUAUUGGGCAGUACUAGGAGGGCAUCUGAGGCGCCAGAAAUUGUAGACAGAGACGAGAUUUUCCGUUCUGUCGGGUCGCACGGCAACGGGUCGGACCGCGGCAAGAACUUGGAAGUCUGCAGCAAGUGGUGCGAGACUGGCAAGGUCACUUCGGCGAGCACUGAGGACUUGUGUGCAGAGAUCAGGAGGAACCACGCCUCGGAGUGGGAGGUCGCCAGAGACGAGAAGGCAGACCUACCGAGCGACCGAGACUGGCCCGAAUCGAGGAAAGCCUCUUCGGUAACCGGUGAAGACGACCGGGAGUGUUCCUGGCAGGGUCGCCAAGGAGAUAUUGUUCCCGCCACCUCCUGGACUGACGACUUCGGCACCGACACUAGGUCGAAAAGAUGGAGUUCCUGGAAUACUGGGGAGAUGUUCGGUGAACAGGUGGACGAAGAGCUGGAGAGGCAACGACCAGAGAUUGGGACUCUGGGAGGUCUGUACCUGCCCGGGCGCCCAGGUAUGAAGUUCGACCCGGAGCGGGAUACCGUGUUGCACCACGGUGACCACGAGGACCUCGCGGGGGAGUCGGAAGACUGCGUCGUGGAACUGAGGCGGCAGUCGACGCAGAGCUUCGACGACGGGGAGGAGGGCCCGCCGGGGCAGGCGCGCUACUGGAGGACGCCCUCGGUGGUGGUGAGCGACUACUCGGACGACGUGCCGUACUGCGGGCCGCCGGGGGAGGGCGGGGGCGACGCGGGGGCGGACGACGGCGACCAGCUGAGCGAGUGCGGCAGCUCGUGCAGCGGGCUGUCCGCCGCCGACACGGACGUCGACGGGGGCCUGCUGACGCCCGAGAGGAAGGCCUCCGACUGCUCGACGUGCUCCACGCUCAGCGGCGACGACGACGCCAGCGUGGAGGCGCUGCUGCAGCCGGUGCGGACACGACCAAAGGAGAAGUACGUCUGCCUACUUGACCAGGCUUUCGACGCGCUACUCAGAGAUGAAUUUAGCCCUUUCGAGCCUAGACGAGAAUUCCAGGAAUCCGGCGGCGGGGAGCGGCGCGUGUCGGCCAGGCAAGUGCCGGCGCGGGCUGUUGGUCCUUGA